CAUUCCGUUGGGUUAUGGGACUUAUUAUCCUCAUCUUUGCUAAAUCAUGCAUGGAACAGUUUGCACAGCAAUACCAAAAGGAGAUAGAUGAUGCUCGAUUAAUACAAAAGUAUGGUUAUUUACCAACACCUAAGAAGGCCAAUAACAACAACGAUAUGGAUUCAUCAUCAUCACCAACAGUAGCAGCUGGACAUCGACACA